CACCCAUCUGCAUAGAAGGAGAAACGCUGAAUGACUGGAUAUAUGAGGUAAUAAUGAACUAUGCAACUACCUGCUUCAUUUGUCCCUUAUCUCUAUAAUUACAUGAGGCUGAGUGUAACAAUGGGCUUCCAUAUCCGCCUGCGUGCCCUGAUUCUGCCGGACACGUAUUAAUCUCGGUUGCGCGGACCAUUGUUCUGGUUAUUGUUAUUAUUGUUAUGUGAAUGUGACACGGAGGAAACCGGGGAAGGGUCAAAGGGAGCUAGUGCAGGUUUUGUUGGGUGAAAUGAGACUGACACGUGCAAUCUGUAACUGGCAGUCAGAGUGAGGCGGUGGCGGUGGCGCAGCGACGAGAUGGCCCGAGCUGCCCCAUGGAUAGUCAUAUGCUUGGUCACCUGGGCUGCGAGCGCGAGGCUACCCGGAGAUGAAGGGGACCCAGAGCAACGCCCACUUAUCAUAUCUUCAGUGUCUCUGCCCGGGGACCAGCGGAAUGACCCGAUUUCUUCUUUCGGUUCUGAAACAAAAGGGGAACCAGCAAUGAACUUAGCUGAAGGGACUGACAGGACUGAUGGACAUGCUGGGAAGACAACUGGCAGCAUCUCGUUUAUAUCUACACGUGAUGACCAGGGUGUGGUACGCAGUCACUCCAGCGAUAGCACCAGUGACGUGGGCCAUGAGAAUAAACACGACUCUCGCACUGGCUACAAAUCUGACGGCCACUAUAAGGAAUACUCUUAUUACGACCAAGCUGGCUAUGGAGAUAACGGGUUUGACCAUGGACGCGAUGACUUGAUUGACUUCAUUCAUCUCGACAACGGCGGGGAGGAGAGUGCUAAGGAGUUGACUGACUGGGAUAGCUAUUACGUUCUCAAGAGCCAAGGUCAGAACUGCAGUGAUGGUGGUGGCGGUGUUCACUCAUGCCUGCAAGAUUCUGAAGACGAGGACACAGACGACAGCGACGAGUGUGCUCAUGACGACGAGGACUGUGACGGUUCAAGGGCACGUCUUAGGGCAUACCUUGGGAGGGAUGAGGACGAAGAAGAAGAGGGCAGUGAGGUAGAGGUGGAGGACGAGGACGAUGAAUAUCUGCUGAAACCGAAAUUUCUUGAUGAUGACAGUGAUGAUGAAGAUGAUGGGAAUGAUGACGUUAAUGAUGAAGACAACGAUGAUGAUGACGAUGAUAAAGAUGUCUAUUUGUAUGUGGACGACAACGAUACCAAUCUCCUUUCUUUCCUUGCCUCACCAAUUGAACCAGAGAGCGACGGCGCCUUCAGAGAGACAGAAAAUGUUAGGAAUGAAGAGCCUGUGAAGAGUGAGGCAGAGGAAUUAAAAAGAUACGUCCAUACUAAUAAAGCAGACCAGAGUCCCCGAGCUGAUAAGAGUGAGAAUGUCCCAGAAGAGAUAGUUCCCAGGAGUAGCGGAACAGCUGAUGAGGGAGAGGUUGCAAAGCGUGAUGCAAGUUAUGCCUCAUGGAUGAAAUCUUCUCCCGUGAUUGGCUCUAACAUUCAGCAAGAUCCAUCCUUCGCUCAUGAUACGCCAACCAGUAGACGAGAGAGGGAAAUACACGCGGAGUAUAUUGGCAAGAAAAAAUUACAUGAUGUUUUAAGGAAAUCUGAGGGCCCAAUCCCUAAGGAAGAUGAACAGGGACAAACAGCGAUGCAUGCGGAGAAACUGACAAGGGGAUGGUUUGAAAAUAUCGCGCCUGGCGUCAGCGUUACCGAGACAGUGAACACAAACUUGAACGCUUCUCCCAAAGCUAACACCCAAUAUGACCAAAACUUAACUUUCAUGAUAUCAAGACACGAUACAGUUCCAUACGAAGAGAUUUACGACACGAUAAUGCACUCCGGCCAAAUAAGUGACGAGGAAAAGACUUACAUCGCAUCACUGGAGCAGACGCGACGACUCGUCAACAGACUAGGCGGACUCGAAACCCUCCUCGAGCAGCCUAAAGUUCACCACAUCGUCAAGAGGCAGACAAAUGGCGGCGAGGCGUGUGUGCUGCUCAGGCGGCGAAGAAGGAGGGCUGCAGACGAGGCGGGUGAGACAGAGAGGACGUCGCGGAUCAGGAGGGGCAUCAGCAACGUCGGCAAGAAUCUGGAGCAAGGCAGCAUGCUACAGUGGACGCCUCUUUGAAAACUGAACUGGUACUGAGGAUUUGUCUUGCCGGUGGUCACGACCACUACGCCGUGACAUCAUUCAGAAAAAAAGUAUCCAUGAUGUUUCUUUUAACUAUUGCAAUAGUUCCAUUUAGGACAACAUCUAAUUAAUAAAGGUAAUAAAGGCACACCAAAGAGUUCGAGCACUGAGCAAGUUUAUCCACAGCCGGAAGCACUUGUCAUGGCUGUCAGUAAAAAGCAGUGCGCAUAAGUCUGCUUUUUCUACAUUGUAACCAGUACCUAUAGAGCUGAGUGUGACUUGAAACAACCGUACUAGACAAGUCUACUGAAAGGAAUCAAACCAAAUGUGUUCAUCUCUCGGAAUGUAAAGCCAGUGUGACGUGGUAUUGGCAUUAACCCCAUCAACUAUGCCGACCAUGAAUCCACUAUCCUGACAGGAAUCCUACACGCAUGUACAAUGAUGGCACAACCGACGAAGAUAGUUAGAUGGUUGGAGAGAACUCGCAUGUUACAAAAAGGAAAACCAUAGAGGGUGAUAUAGUGAUUAACAGUGCCUUAAUGCUAAUCAGUGGAAGAACAAUCACACAGUCAAAUCCGGGUCGGUGGCGUGGUAUUCAACCCACGCUGAUGAAUCUUUCCCGCUCUCCACCAAAUGGAUUUUACAAAUUUUGAAGCUGCUUUACUACUUCAUUUUCACACUUAUAACAGCGUGUAUCAGAUAUAGGCCUUAUGAUGCGAUGAAUAAAUAGAUCAACAAUAAAUGUCUUCUGUUUGUUGUAGUAUCUAAGUUUUCAGGCAACGUAAGAAAAUUCACGCAUUCCGAACUCAGAAGUAUUGUCAUUGAUUUCUUGGUGUGCGAUCAAUAAUUUCCCUUUCCAUUUCCACUCGUAAAUGGCCGCCCCCUUCAUUCCUGCGUGGUAUGUAGGUAGACAGACAGUAAUAACGGAUUAAUUGUAAUGUAGACGUUAUUCUAGGUAGGCAUCAAUUGGUCUGCUCGUCCGUGUGUUAGCUGUGUCUGUGUUGGCAAGGUCAGCCGC